AAAUGAGGGGCUUGGUAGUAUAAAAACAGAAGUGGGGGGCCUAGGACUCGAUAUUGUUACUCUGGAUCUGUCCCACCUCAGUACUCUCUAGAGCAACCCCACGGUGGAAAAAAGCAAACAUGAACACUCAGCAGAUGGAGCAGAUGGGCCAGUUCAAGAUCACUGUCUGGGAGGAAGAGAACUUCCAGGGCAAGCGUUGUGAGUUCCUGCUGGAGUGUCAGAACAUCAUGGAUAGGGGAUUCCACAAGAUCCGCUCCAUCAAGGUCGAGAACGGACCCUGGUUGGGUUAUGAGUAUCCCGAGUUCCAGGGCCAGCAGUUUAUCCUUGAGAAGGGAGACUAUCCCCGUUACGAGGCUUGGAGCGGAAACAGCAGUUACAGAACCGAGCACAUGCUUUCCUUUAGACCUAUCAAGUGCGCUAACCACAGUGACAGUAAAGUGACUCUGUACGAGUGUGAAGACUUCCAGGGACGCAAGUUCGAGAUGUGUGAUGACUACCCCUCUCUACAGGCUAUGGGCUGGUGUAGCAAGGAGGUUCCCUCAAUUAAAGUCAACUCCGGAGCGUGGGUGGCCUAUCAGUUCCCCGGUUACCGUGGUUACCAGUACAUCCUGGAGAGAGACAGACACCAGGGAGAGUACAGACACUACAACGAGUACAGCACUCAGGCUCACACCAACCAGGUCCAGUCUAUCCGCAGAAUCCAGCACUAAGUCCACUUGACACUAUCCUCCAGCGGCUACCAUGUACCGACCAUGCCAUGUAUUAAAAUAGGCAAUAAAGGCUUUAUGCAAACUACGGAAACA